GGAAGAAGAGAAUUAAGUUUUUCAUUUACCUUCAAGAAAGCAUUCAGUGUGGUGACAGUUGAAAAUGUGGUGGCUACUUGUAGCAAUGUGUUUCAUCCACAUGUUUGGAAAUUCAUUUUGUUUCCUGGGAAAAAAAGCGAUGAACCCUGAAGCCAAUAUGAAUAUUAGUCAGAUGAUUUCCUACUGGGGUUACCGAAGUGAAAUGCAUGAAGUUAUAACUGCAGAUGGUUACGUCCUUCAGGUCUAUCGGAUUCCUCAUGGGAAGAAUGAUGCUAAUCAUUUAGGUCAGAGACCUGUUGUGCUUCUGCAGCAUGGUUUCCUCGCAUCGGCCACAAACUGGAUUUCCAACCUACCCAGCAACAGCCUGGGUUUCCUCCUGGCGGAUGCUGGAUAUGAUGUGUGGCUGGGAAACAGCAGAGGAAAUACCUGGGCCAGGACAAAUUUAUUCUAUUCACCAGACUCAGCUGAAUUCUGGGCUUUCAGCUUCGAUGAAAUGGCUACAUAUGACCUUCCAUCCACAAUCAACUUCAUUUUAAAUAAAACUGGACAGAAGAAGCUACACUAUGUUGGCCAUUCCCAGGGCACCACCAUUGGUUUUAUAGCCUUUUCUACCAAUCCCACGCUGGCUCAAAAAAUCAAAGCCUUCUAUGCAUUAGCCCCAGUUGCCACGGUGAAGUAUACCAAAACCCAGCUGAACAAACUUGCACUCAUUCCUCCCUUCCUCUUCAAGAUUCUAUUUGGUAACAAAAUGUUCUACCCACACAAUUUUUUUGAAAGUUUUAUUGGUGCUGAAGUGUGCUCCCAUGAGAUACUGGAUAUCCUUUGUAGGAAUGCCUUGUUUGCCAUUACUGGAUUUGACAAUAAAAACUUGAACAUGAGUCGCUUAGAUGUGUAUCUAACACAUAAUCCAGCAGGAACUUCAGUUCAAAACGCCCUCCACUGGAGUCAGGCUGUUAAGUCUGGGAAAUUCCAAGGUUUUGACUGGGGAACCCCAACUCAGAACCUACUGCAUUAUAACCAGGCCACACCUCCCAACUACAAUUUGACAGCCAUGGAUGUGCCAAUUGCAGUAUGGAGCGGUGACAAUGACCUGUUGGCUGACCCUCAGGAUGUUGACCUUUUGCUUCCAAAACUGUCUAAUCUCAUUUACCACAAGGAAAUUCCUACUUACAAUCACUUGGACUUUAUCUGGGCAAUGGAUGCACCUCAAGAAGUUUACAAUGAAAUCAUUUCUAUGAUGGCAGAAGAUAAAAAGUAGUGCUGGAUUUAAAGAAUUAUUCAUUUACUUUUCCCAAAAUAAUUUCUUCUCUUCCACAUAGUUUUCUGUACUGUUUUAAAUGCAAUGUUUCUUUCUGUAAUUCUGACUUUCAAAAUAUAUUAGCAUCAACAAA